AUGAGACUAAUUAUUCGUGAAGACCAUACUGAAGUGAGCGAUUAUAUCGCCAACUAUAUCAAAGAACGUAUCAAUCAAUUUAAGCCUACUGAAGAACGACCAUUUGUAUUGGGAUUACCGACUGGAUCAUCACCUAUUGGAGUAUAUAAAAAACUAGUGGAAUUAUACAAGACUGGGGAAAUCAGUUUUAAACAUGUGGUGACAUUCAAUAUGGAUGAAUAUGUAGGAUUACCUCGAGAUCAUCCUGAAUCUUAUCAUUCUUUUAUGUGGAAAAAUUUAUUUAUGCAUGUGGAUAUCAAGCCUGAUAAUGUUCAUAUCUUGGAUGGUAAUGCUCCUGAUUUGGAUGAAGAAUGUAAAAAGUAUGAAGCUGAUAUUGCUGCUGUGGGUGGUAUUGAAUUGUUUUUGGGUGGUAUUGGUCCUGAUGGUCAUAUUGCUUUCAAUGAACCUGGUUCUUCUUUAACUUCUCGUACUCGUGUCAAGACACUCGCUUAUGAAACUAUUAUUGCCAAUGCUCGAUUCUUUGAUGGUGAUGUCAAUAAGGUACCCAAAUUAGCUUUGACUGUCGGUGUAGCUACUGUGAUGGAUGCCCGAGAAGUAGUAGUGAUCAUCACUGGUGCUCACAAGUCUAUUGCGUUAGCCAAAUGUAUUGAAGACGGAGUGAAUCAUAUGGGGACUGUCAGUUCUAUCCAACUUCAUCCCAAGGGGUUGAUUGUUUGUGAUGAAGAUUCGACCCUUGAACUUCAUGUCAAAACAGUGAAAUAUUUCAAAUCCAUUGAACAUGUUCAUCAAGUAUUGAUUGGUAGUGAAAAUCUUGGAUUACAAGGUAAACAAAUAAUAAUAUUAUAUGUAUAUUUAAAAAAAAAAAAAUAG